AUGAAUGUCGAGUGGUGCAUCCAAACGCGUGCUGUUAAGUAUCUUUUCAAAUAUAUCCAUAAGGGACCUGAUUAUGCUUCAGCUGCAAUGGAUAAAGAAGAUGAAGAUGGCGUCAUCGACGAAAUCAAAACAUAUUACGACUGCAGAUAUAUAACUGCAUGCGAGUCGUCGUGGCGGGUUCUUGCUUUUCCUACACAUUUUCGUACUACUUCUGUAGAGAAACUUGGAUUUCAUCUCCCGGAUAAGGAGCUGGUGUUUUUUGAUGAAGAUGAACCUAUUGAGAAUAUCCUGAAGAAAAAAUCUGUCAACCAAUCCAUGUUUCUGGCAAGGUUCAUAGCAAAUCAAAAAUAUCCAGAGGCAAGAGAUUUGACAUAUGCCGAAUUUCCAACAAAAUUUGUUUGGAAAGCAAGUAUGAGAGAAUGGGUACCACGUAAACGAGGCUUUGCGAUAGGGAGGAUUGCACAUAUUAAUCCAGCACAAGAUGAGCUAUAUUUCGUAAGAGUAAUGCUAAAUUGGGUAAGAGGGCCGAAAUCGUACGAGGAUAUAAGAACAGUUGAUGGUGUUGUAUAUUCUACAUACGAAGAUGCUUGCUAUGCUUUGGGUUUGAUGGAUGAUGACAAGGAAUACAUAGAAGCUAUCAAAGAUUGUAGUGAUAAUAGUUCUGGCACGUAUGCGAGGAAGCUUUUUUCGAGAAUGUUGGUAUCCAAAACAUUAUCUCAGCCUCAUGUUGUGUGGGAAGCUACUUGGGAGUAUCUAACCGACGAUAUUCUCUACAAGAAACGACGACAAACUGGAAAUCCCGAGUUGAACUUGACCAUAGAUCAGAUCAAAAACAUUGCUCUAACCGAGAUCCAAAAUCAUUUGCUUAGCAAUGGUCGUAGCCUCCAGAAAUGGCCCCUAAUGCCAAAGCCAGAUGAUUUUGGUUGUUACAACGGCAAUCGCCUUAUAGAUGAUGAGCUUAAGUAUGUUGUGGAAGAUCAGCUAAAGGAAAAUGAAAGACUUAUGGCGAUGAUAACAGAUGAGCAAAGAGGGGUUUACAACGAGAUUUUGGAUGCAGUUUUAAAUGAUAGCGGUGGAGUGUUCUUUCUUUAUGGUUAUGGAGGCACAUGUAAAACCUUCGUAUAUAGAGCACUCUCAUCAGCAAUCCGAUCUAGACGUAUGAUUGUUCUAAAUACCGCAUCCAGUGGAAUUGCUGCAUUAUUGUUGGAAGGAGGUAGAACCGCACAUUCCAGGUUUGGUAUUCCGAUAGAUGCCGACGAGUUUACUACUUGCAAGAAACUGGAGCCAGGAUCAGAUCGUGCAGAAUUAGUUAAAGCAGCAAAGCUCAUUGUAUGGGAUGAGGCGCCUAUGAUGAGCAGACACUGUUUCGAGACUUUGGAUCGUUCUAUGCGUGAUAUUAUAAGAUCUUCUGAAGACAAACCUUUUGGAGGUAAAGUAGUUGUUUUCGGUGGAGAUUUCAGACAGAUUUUACCGGUUAUACCUGGAGGUGGUAGAGCAGAGACUGUUUUGCAAGCUCUGAAUUCGUCAUAUCUUUGGGAGCACUGCAAAGUUUUGAAGCUAACAAAAAACAUGAGAUUGCUCGCUGGUCUUACUGAUGAUGCAGCAAAAGACCUUCAAUCCUUCUCAAAAUGGAUUUUGGAUGUUGGAGAUGGAAACAUAAAUUUGCCAAACGACGGUCAAGUUGACAUUGACAUCCCUUCUGAUCUGUUGAUCAAAAAUAUUGGAGAAGAUCCUAUUCAGACUAUUGCAAAGGAGUUGCCAGGUGAAUACAAGGUUUACCUUAGCUCUGACAAUAUAAUCCCAUCCGAUGUUGAUGUAGAAGAAAAUGUUACCUAUCCAACAGAGUUUUUGAACAGUGUUAGAGUGGCAGGAAUGCCUAGACAUAAUUUGAAGCUGAAGGUUGGUGCUCCUAUUAUGUGUCUCCGUAACUUGGAUUUGGUAGAUGGCUUAUGCAAUGGUACUAGGCUAAUUGUUACUCAGUUGCUCCCCCAUGUCAUAGAAGGUAGAAUUAUAACUGGAAACAGUACUGCUGGAGACGAAGUCUUGAUUCCUAGAAUGUAUGUCAGUCCACCUGACACAAAGUUUCCCUUCAGAAUGCGUCGAAGACAGUUUCCCGUUACACUGGCUUUCGCGAUGACCAUCAACAAAAGUCAAGGUCAAACACUAGAAAGUGUCGGUUUGUUUUUGCCUAGGCCAGUGUUCUCUCAUGGUCAGCUCUACGUUGCACUUUCAAGAGUUAAGUCGAGAUCUGGAUUAAAAAUCCUAAUAACAGGGAGGAUGGGUGGUGAUGACUAUGAAGAUCGAUACUAUUUCAUUCUCGGAAAAAGUGUUCUCACUAUUUUGAUCAUGGUCUCUCAUUGA